AUGAUAAAUUAAAAAAUUAGUGAUGCUAAAAUAACAAAAUUUCCAUAUUCAAGUCACAAAACUUAAUCAGAUACUAAUAUUAUUUUGUGCCAUUCGAUCGAUUAAAGUCCAAAGACUUAAUCAAAUAAAGAUAUUGACACAGAUAAAUUAAGCUAUGAAAAAAUGUUCUCUUCAAAUGAGGUUGAUUUAGAAUUUGAAGAUUUUGAUACAAAACCAACAAAUUCAUAUUAAGUUGUAUCUCCUGGUUUAUCAAUAACUUCAUAUGAUUUAGAUUAAACUUAAAAAAGCUCAGAUAUAUAACUUUAUGGAAGUGUUUCUUAUAAUUAAAGAGAAAUACCAUAGAUAGUACUUGCUUUUAGAAAAAGGAGACCAGCUUAAGUUUAAAUAUCAUAAGCAAGUUAUUUUAAUCAAGAAUCAUGGAAAACUUUGUCUAAUUUUUCAUCUCCUGAUUCCUCUCCUUUUCAAAAUAAAAAAAUAUAGAUUAAAUCUUUUGCACUUAUUCCCUUGAAAGAUGAAGAAGAAGAUGAGAUAUUUAGUGUUUUUAAUGAUCCAUAUAACUUUUAUGGAACAAUAUCCUAGACUAAACUUGAGAGUAUGAAUCAUCUAUAAUAAUUUUUAACCUUAUAUAAGAUGAGGACAGGAACAUUCCCAAGAUAAAGAGAAAAUUUGGAGAAUGAAAUAAUAAUAUCAAUUGCAAUGAAUUUAGCUAAAAUAGAUAAAUAACUAUUUAAAUAAUAUUUUCCUUCAAAAAGAGUGUAUUUUGAUGAUGAAAAUGAUUAUACAAGAACAAAAGUAAUUAAGAGAAAAGAAUAAAGAUAAUUAACUUAAGUAGUCACUCCAAACUUUUAAUACAUCUAAAAUUGA